CCUCAUUCAAAAAAACACUACGUGUUUCCCUCAAAGAAGUGUGUAGCAGGUCCUCCCCCUCUUCUCUGACCACAGAAAAUGGUCGAUCAUACAUUUAGCAAUCCCGCCCACACUGGGAGGAGUAGCAAGAAGACUUCUGCUUACCUUGUUCAUCAGUUGUAGUCACUGCUAAAUCCAUGCGUAUUAUUCUUGAAUUUGUCAUUUGUUAGUCAGACCCCUGUUCGGACAGAGGGGAGAAUCUUCAUUGCUUAAGCAUGGACAGCGCGGGGAGAAAAGUGGUGGUCUGUGACAAUGGUACAGGGUUUGUCAAGUGUGGUUUUGCUGGAUCCAACUUCCCCGAUCACAUCUUCCCUGCCAUGGUGGGUCGACCACUCAUACGAUCAACCACCAAAGUGGGCAACAUUGAGAUAAAGGACCUGAUGGUGGGUGAUGAGGCCAGUGAAUGCCGCUCCAUGCUGGAGGUCUCCUACCCGAUGGAGAACGGUAUGGUGCGCUCCUGGGAAGACAUGCUCCACCUGUGGGACUACACCUUUGGUCCCGACCGCCUGGACCUCAACCCAUCAGAGUGCAAGAUCCUGCUGACUGAGCCGCCGAUGAACCCCACCAAGAACCGGGAGAAGAUCACGGAGGUCAUGUUUGAGAAGUACCAGUUCCACGGCAUUUAUGUGGCAAUUCAGGCUGUGCUCACUCUGUAUGCUCAAGGUUUGCUGACUGGCGUGGUCCUCGACUCAGGGGAUGGUGUCACCCACAUCUGUCCGGUAUAUGAGGGCUUUUCUUUACCCCACCUCACACGCAGGCUGGACAUCGCAGGACGUGACAUCACACGGUACCUUAUUAAGCUCCUGCUUCUCCGCGGUUACGUCUUCAACCACACGGCCGACUUUGAGACAGUGCGCAUGCUGAAGGAGAAGCUCUGCUAUGUCGGAUACAACAUCGAGCAGGAGCAGCGCCUGGCCACAGAGACCACCUUCCUGGUGGAGGAGUUCACGCUCCCUGACGGCCGGCAGGUGAAGGUGGGUGGAGAGAGGUUCGGGGCCCCUGAAGCUCUCUUCCAGCCUCAUCUCAUUAACGUGGAAGGAGCAGGAGUGGCUGAGCUGCUGUUUAACACCAUCCAAGCUGCAGACAUUGACCUCAGGGCAGACUUCUAUAAGCACAUUGUUCUGUCCGGAGGGACCACCAUGUACCCUGGACUUCCAUCCAGGCUAGAAAGAGAGAUCAAGCAGCUCUACCUGGAGAGGGUGCUGGAGGGAGACACUCAGAAACUAUCAAAGUUUAAGAUCCGCAUGGAGGACCCUCCCCGGCGUAAACACAUGGUGUUCAUGGGCGGCGCGGUGCUGGCCAACAUCAUGAAAGACAAGGAAUCCUUCUGGCUAAGCAGGGCAGAGUACGAGGAAAAAGGCCUGGGAGUGCUGCAAAAACUAGGAGUUGGAGUCAGAUAAAACAGAAAACAACAUCACCUAGAUGUUUCAAUUUUUGUAUCAACUUCUCACUUAAUAGCCUGGCAUGCUGGAUGAAAAAGCUUGUUCUCAAUGUACCUUUAUGACUGCUGGUGCUGAUUAAUCAAUUUGUCCACAUUCUUUUGAUUGACAUUUAUCAAGUUCUCUGUUUGUAAAGUAAAUGUAUUUGAGUUUUGGACUGUUUUGUGACAGAACAAAAUGUAAUGGGUAUUUUUUAAACAAUUGCUUGAUUAACAAAUAUUUGACAGAUUAAAUAGUAUUACAAAUAACUGUUAGUUGCAGCCUUAUAGUCCCUGCUGAGGUGACGCUUUAUAAACAAUAUCAGAAUGCAACCCCCAGAAACCUUCUCUCUCCUACAUGUACAGCAAGUCUCAGGUAUCCAUUCGUUUGUUUGUUACUUCCAAAACAACUGACCAUAAGAUGGGCAGCAUUCUAGGCUUAUGAACGGCUCGUUAAAUAUGUUCAGGACACACUGAACACAUGCAGUAUAUGAAACUUUAAUAAACUUUUUUUUAUACAGUGUGACUACUAAAUCAGCAAAUUGAGUGUUGUUUUCUAUCAUUUCAAAUUCAAAUUCAACCUCAUGCAAGGUUCACAAUGUGACACAAUGUAUAACUUCUUAUGUGAGUGAAAUUCUGUCCAUAAAUUAAAAAAAAUAUAUUUAUUACAUCCAA